UCUCUCUAGAGUAAGCUUGGAGAGGAUGGGUCCGGAAAAUCUGUGCUGUUUGCCUCAAAAUAAUCCCAAAAUGCCCACGAUUUAAUACACUAAACACCGUGGAUCGAAAGAUCCGAGUAUGGAAAAGGCUAUGUCCCCAUCAACAAGCCAGAAGAGAGCACCGUCCUCUUCUGACGCGAAUUUGAGUAUCGUACUGAGUUUGAUGUGCCAUACAACAUGCCACCGACAAGGGGGUGAACCAGAGAAAUUUGCCAAGAGAGCUAUAGAGUCCCUUGUUAAAAAACUGCGUAAAAAGACUGAUGAAUUAGAAUCCUUAAUCACUACAAUAACAACAAACGGAGCUCAACCGUCGAAGUGCGUUACAAUACAGAGGACAUUAGAUGGUCGACUACAAGUCUGUGAACGUAAAGGCUUUCCUCAUGUAAUAUACGCCAGGCUGUGGCGAUGGCCCGAUAUUCAGAAAAUGGAAAUGAAGCAUUUGGACUUUUGCCGAUAUGGCUAUGAUUUGAAAUACGAGAGUGUGUGUGUCAAUCCGUACCACUACGAGAGGAUCCGUAGUCCAGCCGUAUCAGGUUUAUCCAUUAAAUCACUUACAGCAAGUUCAGACAAAGGCAGCACCUCACCAGGAGGCAAGGACCAGCAUUCAUCGCCAGUCUCAACCUCAGCUGCUUAUGAACAAUCGCAAUAUGGACAGUCAAUGUCUUCAAAUGCACAGUCCCCAAACACUAUACCAUGUUCAGCAGAUCCAUGCCCAAUCAUUGUACGUAACUUGCUAUGGCACUCUGUAUUACGACAYCAAAGUCCUGAAGCUGACAGCUUCAGUCGGAGAGCAAUUGAGUCACUGGUGAAGAAACUUAAGAAGAAAUAUCAUGAACUUGAUUCCUUAAUAGUUUCCAUAACUUCUAAAGGACGAUCGGCAUCAAAAUGUAUUACUGUUUCCAGAACUAUGGAUGGACGGUUACAGGUUGGAGAAAAGAAAGACUUUCCUCAUGUUAUCUAUGCAAGGUUAUGGAGAUGGCCUGAAGUCCAUAAGAUGGAGAUGCGACAUAAAGAUUUCUGUCAGUAUGGCUAUGAUCUUAAGCAUGAUAAAGUUUGUGUUAAUCCCUAUCAUUAUGACCGAGUCCAACCUCCUGACUGGUUCAGAAAUUCACUCUACGUCACAUCUGGAAGGACGAAUGUAUCACCAUCUGAUGAAGAUUCACAGCAGCAAUUGCUUACUCCUCCACGAUCUCAAAAUAUUGAACGAUCUCCAGAAAAUCACAAUUCAAGAGGUCUGCACCAGUACCCAGUGUCUCCUUCAAAUAAAAGUCCACUUUCUUCAGCUCAUUACCAUCAUGGACAGAUGCUUUUUAAACGGAAAAGAGAAAGAGUUGAUUCAACAAGUUCAUCAGCUACGGGAUCAAGUGAAGAAGACCAAGAAAUAGAUGUGGAAUCUAGUUCUGAAACUUCUUCUUAUGAUUUUAAAAGAAGAAAGUAUGCUACGAACAUGGCUUAUGGGCAUGAUAAUGAAACCUCAAGAGGAAUAGAAAUUGCAAAACAUCUUGAAAUAAUUCGAUGUGCUUUGUGUAAUUGUGAGGAUAACAGCAGUUUGGGUCAAGGUCACUUAAUAUGCUUUGGUCAGCUYAAUCCAAAAUCACCCAAAACUGAAUCCCCAAGGAUGCCACAAGUCAAUGGAUACUCUGGAAGCAAGCAUMUCAUGCAAGCAUAUUCAGAAAAAUGGCAUCACWCCACACAAAACAUCAAAGCAAACAAUUAUAAUGAUGGGAUAUCAAUAAGAACACCCUCUGCACAUCAUGGAAUGKUGAAUAGUGUCCGCCAUGAUAGGUGUCCUACACCAAAUGGUGUGCGUAAAGUCGGAUUCCAGACUGAGCCUCARUUGGUGAAUUUAUGUGAUUCGUCRGGACGUGUCUGGGUCCAUGAAAAGUGUGCUGCUUGGACAUUAUCUUCUAUAGCUUAUAAAUCAGUCACUGGUUUAACAGUUGACAUCACCAAUCAGAUUCUCACAAAAAAAUGUUAUCAUUGUGGUGGUUAUGGUGCAAGUAUUAGUUGCGAGGUUGAAAGCUGUGAAAAAUUAUAUCAUUAUCCAUGUGCUAUUAUUUCUGGAACAUAUCAGGAUGUAAAGAAAAUGGAACUGCAUUGUCCAGAGCAUUCAUCCCUAGUUGCUUCUACAGCAUAUUGUGAAAAGUGUAAGUCAGGUACAAAUGAUCCRUCCAACCUGUUACUGUGUACACGCUGUGGAUAUCACUACCAUGGAGAAUGCUGUUCACCCCCUGUACAUCCCAAUGAAGUGAUCAGAGCAGGYUGGGAAUGUUUAAUGUGCAAGACAUGCCAGUCAUGCAGGCAACCAUCUCCUCCAGAAAGACUUCUGGUUUGCAGGUCAUGUGAUAAAGCCUAUCAUCUUUUUUGUACUGAUCCUGUUGGGUCUGUUAAAGAUAAACUCACCUGGAAAUGCGAGAAAUGCCGCAAGUGUAGGAAUUGUGGAACAAGAAAAACCAAUCAGUGGUUCGUUGAUUACUCGCUGUGCAAUGGCUGCUAUUAUCAAGUUCACAAGUAUAAUAGCUGCCCUCUGUGUAAUCACACUAAYGGACAGAGAAAGUCAGUACAAUGUGACUCGUGCAGCAAGUGGGUUCAUGCAUCAUGUGAUAACAUUACUCAUGAGAUAUAUGAACGGUUACAAGUAGAUCCUAGGAUCAUCUAUGUAUGUAAAAUAUGUCGUGAAGAAGUUGAAAAUACCAAAAAAGAUAAUCAAAAAGAGUUAAAGAAACCAGAGCUUGCAGAGCUCGAAGGAGUGUCGGGCCCCACUUCCACCAUGAUUACAUUGGCAAAGUACAAACCGAUGCCUUCAUUGGGAAACUACUUCAAGACUGUCAAACCAAUCACCCAAACUACAUACUCUUUCCUGACAACCGAGCCGCUGCAAUGGUCCCGUUUACGUAUGACAUACUCGUUUGAAUAUGUCAUUAUGAAGCAACAUGGAAAGGUGCUGUUGUAAUAUACUUAAGUUCAGUAUUGAAGAUAGUGUAGUAUUAGCAUAGACAAUCAAGAUUAGAGUAGUGUAGACUUAAGGAAAUGUAUAAUAUGUUAUGUAUUUAGAGAAAAUGCUGAAAAUAUUGGUAUUAACAGUAAUGAUCCAGCUAAGAACCCUCAUUGCUCUAUAUAUAUGGAACUGUUGAAACUCAAAAUAACAUAGUACUUCAGUCUAAUAAUGUUAGAGUGAAGAUGUUCUUAAAUGUUCGACUUUAUUACUCUUUAAACACUGACAAUGUUAACUUAAUGGUUUUGCCCUCUAAUAUUAGAAUCCUCACUAGCUUUAGAUAAAGUAUGUACUUGAAUGCUAGGGGUCCAACACUAAUAUUGAGGAAUUAGUAUAGUCAAACUGUUAAUGAGUUUUAGAAUAUUUGCUAUUACCUAUCUUUAAGCUUAUUUACCCCUUCUAGAUUAGUUCUAAUUAGAUGAAUUUGUAAGCCAAAACAACCUAGCUAAAAAUUUGAUUAUUCUGACUUGGAUGUGCUUUCAAGCCAUCAAUCUACUAACAACUAUCUGUCGUCAAUGUGUUACUCUUUGCAUUGUACUGAGUAACAAUGAUUUGACCUUCAACUUAUGUUGAGAACUUACUGCUUGAUAUCAAACACUGGUAAACUUCUGAAGUUGUUUGUUCUUAGCUGCCUCCAUUACUUAAUGGUCACAGGUUCAUCUACGGGAUCAUUUAAUGAUAAUUUGCUUUUUUAUAAAUUAAAGAAAAAAAUAUAUUAAUUCAUGAGGUCAGUGUGUGUAUCUCACAAUGUUUUAUACUUUGUUGCCAUUCUAUUCAUAUUAUAAAAUUAUAUUUAAAAUAAUAAUCUGAGCUAUCUCACUUUCCUAUGUCGCGCAAUACAGUGCAUUCAUAUUCUGCCAAUUUAUUGUGCUUAUUGCAGAAUAUCACAAAUUACUACAUGCUCAUUAAAACAAUGUUGUAAAAUAUGAAUUUACUUGUAAAUAUUCAUUUGUGAAAAUGAUGUACCAACAAACCUUGCUAUUUAUUUAUGAUGAUAAUUUCUCUAUGGAAUCAUUUGCCUGGUCUGAAAAGACAUUUAUGUGAGCUAUAUAUUUUUGUUUACUUUUGCAUGCCUSUAGUUCCAAUUUUUCAAGUCGAAACCAUUUGUGGCAUAAUGCAAUUAUAUCAAUUACUAUAAAAUAUAUAAUAAUUCAUGAAUUGCAAAAUACACACAAAUUGACAUUAUACUUUAGACCAACAGCGUAUAGGAUCUUAGCUGUAAUUUUGUAAGGUAGAAGUGCUAGACAAGAGAAUACUAGAUAAACUGUCUUAUGUAUUUUUAAUUUUUAUGAAUCACAAAUUUUUUGAAAAAAAGUGUCUGUUUAUCAAUAUUCAAACUUACUCAAAAUGCAAAAAUCUAUAUCAGGAAACAAAUUCUAACUUUAUAUUUAAUUGAAAUAUGUAUCAUAUAAUAAAAGGAUUAUAUAUGAGAUAAAUACAAAAUGAGCUGGCAAACUGUAUGUGAUGGACAUUAGUGAGUUAAAAACUAUGGCCUGCAACACAUUUGUCAAAAUUUAGUCAAAUUGUGCAAAAUAACUUGCCAAACCAUUUUCUUAGACCCAUGUCACAAAAAUAUGUGUUGAUCAGCUGACUUUUCCAUUUUAAAUUGUGACAGUGAAAAUUCCUGUAUUCCAGUGUUGCAGGCUAUAGUUGAAAACAAUUGUGAUAUUGUAAAUUACUGUUAUACCGUUUGAAAUACUAGUACUAUUUAUUUACUUCUGUAUAUAAAUUUUAGCAAUAAUUCCUUUAUUUUCUAAACCUUGCAAAUACUAUUUUCAAUUCUUUUUUUUUUUACAUCUUGGUUUACUUUGCUACUGAUCAAACCAAGCCGGGUAACAUAAAAYUAUUAGUGUUUAUCAAUGGACAGAAUAAAAAAUGUGCUAAAAUUGCCCAAUUCUUAAAAUUAGAUGUUUGGGCUCAAGCAUGUUUUAAUGAAAUGCAUUUAUGACAUUAAGUCGAUUAAGUUUAGUAUUUAGAAAGUCAAUUAAGGGAGUUUUAUAAAGAGGUUGGUUUUAGUUUUCAACACUAUUAUAUUAGUAUAAAACACACAUUCGAUGCAUUGCUUGCAUGCAAGCUUGAAACUUCAUUUUCAAUUGAAAGUAUUGUAAUAUAGAAUUCCUAUGAGACAAAGGCCAUCGACUACAAAAUUGCUUGAUAUUUUUGGAGCUGCUGGCCUAUCUGUAAACAUGUUUACCUAUUUGCCAAAAAGUAGCAUGUUUCAGACUUUGUCACAAACUUUGCCUCCCUUUUGCACACCCGUGCUCAAWUUCUGCAAUAAUAAUAUUGAUAAUUUCACAAUGCAUUACAGUGGAAAUCAAAUAUAUGUGGAAKUUGAAGUAUUCUCCUUUAGGAAAUUAGUGAGUUCCAAGUUUGUACUGCGAUGGACUAUAGCAAUAGGAUAUUCAAAUAUCUUGGACUAUAUCUGAUUUUCACUAUAAUAUAAAUGGCAACAAAAUUUACAUUUAGCCACAUUAACACAUAGCUGUAAUUUAAUAAAAGUUGUCAGUCAUUAGUGUAUUUUAGUACACGUUUAUUUACUGCACACAUUGAUAUAUCUCAGCUAUAUUUAUCUAUAUAUAYCCUACAUGAAAAAUAAUAAUUGUGAAUAUAAAAAAUAUGAAUGUUCAACUAUUUUUGAAAUAUUGUUCUACUUGGAAACUAAGUCAGUUCUACAAAUCGUUUGAUUCACUUCUUGAUCAAGUUGAAAUGUGAAAAUAAAUCCUUUUAAAAUUUAUUAACAUGGGUUUKGUUGUUUAUUUGUUUACAAGUGAUAUACAUGUACUCUGGGGUAGAGGCGAAACACAAGUCCAGAUAUUUUAGUUUCCAGAAUUUUUUGUAUCCAAAUGCAAGUACCUACAUUCACACAGUGUAUACAAAUAGUAUACAACCAUACACAGUGUCUCUUUAGAUUUCUAAUAUACGGUGGAUAAGUUAGUGUUGAUGUUAGCUGCAUUUGAAGAAAAACAUUUUUUGUGGAUACAAUCUUUCUGGACUAAAGUGAACAGGGCCUUAAUMUGUGAAUAAACAGGACACUAAGCUCACUACAAAAUAACCUUAAUUUCUACAUUCAAUGGAGCAUUCCAACCUAAGACGCAUCUCUACAAAAAGAACUGACAAAAAGAACUGAGUUGUCUCCCUCCCCCCUCUCAUGAAAAAAACUUCAGUAUUUUUUAAAAAUGAAAAGGAAAGCUAUGAUACAUUUUAUA